GAGGCUCUCCAUUGAGGUGUAAGCAUAUCAACACACAUCAAGCAAUACGUGCAUUGUUGAGGUCUUACCAGAGUUGCCUUCAUUGUUCUGAUUAUGUCAUCAUCCGAGAAGAUAAUGGAUUCAGAGCCAGCUAAACUUCAUGCGAUCUCAUCCAUCAUUGUCUCUAUCAUUGUUACCGUUGGGGUGAUCGUUGCUACAGCUAUCCUAGCCGGGGGUGAUUACGGAAGAGGCUCGAACUCGUGCAUGAUCACGGAUGGAGGGGCAAGUUCCAAAGCUAUGACUUCUAGCAAGGCUAUGGAUGUGAUGAUCAUGAAGGGUGAUGAAGAGAUUGGUAUGCAGACAACAUGGUAUGACUACAGCUCAAACACCUUACAGGCUGAGACACCAUCAGGAGCAUCCGGGCAAUUCUUCAAUUCAACCAUUGUCAUUGAUUACAACAGGGAAGUGAUUUUUAUCAGUAUCCUUGAUCAACACAAAUGCUAUGCAUCGUCUCUGAGUGGGGAUAUGAAAGAAAUGUCAGAUCGAUCAAUUGAAUUUAUGGGACGUGAACAGGAUCAUGAACAGGCAAUGGACAUAAAAAUGCACAGAGAUAUUGACUUGAACUAUAGAACGGAUGGCCAGAUUCCUGCUGGAUACGUAAGCAAAGCCAACGGACCAAUCAUACGCGCUCUUUGCAUGGGAGCUGACUCCUAUUGGACGAAACCGAGAAUGACGUCAAGCGAUAUUCGUCGUCGGGAAAUCAGAAUUUCUACCCGUAUUUGUGUUUUCUUUAUCUGCUUCAAUUUGAAUUUCUAAUUGCUCUUUUGAUUUCCUCUGAAGAAAUUUAAACGUAAAUAAAAGAAGGAAGAAAACGGAAGAGGGGCCGAUGGGGGAAGGGGGGGAUAGGGGUGUCAGAAAUUUGAAAUUACAAAACUGUAAUGCAAUACCACAAACGGUCCUACACUGUACACAUCCAGACCUACAUAAAAUAAAUGAAAAUAUGCUGUAUGCAGUAUUGAUACCAACUUAUGCACGUAUGUACAAAAUUAAUUUACUGUAAACUGUAAUGUUGAUUUAGUAAGUGCAAACUUACGCUUAUAUACCUUUACUAUGGACUCUUGAUAAUUGAAAAUAGAAAGUUAUUACUAUCACAUAUUUUGGAGAAAUAAUGUGUUUAUAGAAAUACGGGCAUUGAAAUAUUGCUAAUUCUUAAUGUCCUUUAUUUUCAGAAAAAUGUACUACUUUGCCAGUGCAGACUUUCUUACCAAAUUUACUUUUGAAAAUUGAAUUACAAAGGACAAGUUGGUAUCAUUAUAAAUGCCUCACUCUCGUUAUUGCUUUCGACAUCUUCUGAUAAUCUAGAGUCGUUGUAUCCGGUAUACAAUUUCUUUUUCUUCGAAUGUAACUAUAUUGAUUACGUAAUAUCAUCUUUCCGAUAGAAACCCUCGGAAAUAGUAGCAAAGACUAUUUCAAAAUUUGCCCAUUGUCGCUAUUCCAGACAAGUGGGAAUUCCCACUUCCCUGGUUAUUCAAUCUUGUGAUGUAUCAAGGGUUCCAUGACAUUUGCUCCGGCGACAAUUGCUCCGCUCGAAAUUCCGCACACUGAUCGAAUGACCAACUUCAACCCUAAACACUAAACCUACCCUAAACCUUACCUUAACUAACCCUAUUGCAACCCUUACCCUACAUCUUAUACGAAAUUAAGCGAGGAGCAAUUAUCCCAGGAGCAGUUUGGAAUGGGUGCGAUAGAGCAGAGAAAGGAAGCAGUUUGAAAAUACUUCCACCAAUUUAGUUCUAUUUGAUCAUAAUUGCUAUGAGCUACAAACUGUUAAUUUUAUUGCGUUAUACUCUGUAAUGGUUUAGAAUAAGCAUUGUUAACUGAAUGAUCAAUAAAGAAUGCUACAUAUCAGAUCAAUAAAUUCAACUGACUCCCAAUCAUAG